GGGUGGAACUCCCCCCCCCCAAAAAAAAAGUCGCUUCGGCGUACAGGGAUGGCAGUUGGGCUGUGAGACGAGCUAGCUGUUGUUUUAAGUGUGCGUUGCUGCGGCUUUGCCAUGGAUUUUAACGUAAAGCGGUUAGCCGCAGACGCCGGUACAUUCCUCAGCCGCGCAGUACAAUUUACAGAAGAGAAACUUGGCCAGGCGGAGAAGACUGAGUUGGACGCUCACUUGGAGAAUCUUCUGGUGCGAGCUGAGAACACCAAGCAAUGGACGGAGAGGAUUAUGAAGCAGACCGAGGUCUUACUACAGCCCAACCCAAAUGUCCGGCUUGAAGAAUUUGUGUACGAGAAGCUGGAGAAAAAAGCCCCGACGCGACUCAACAACCAUGACCUGCUGGGCCAGUCCAUGAUCGAGUCGGGGAAUGAAUUCGGUCCCGGCACCGCGUACGGAAAUGCUCUGAUAAAAUGUGGAGAGACGGAGAAGCAGAUUGGUGGUGCAGAACGGGAGUUGAUCCAAAGCGCCGCCAUCAACUUCCUGACGCCUUUCAGAAACUUUUUGGAGGGAGACUUCAAAACUAUUCUGAAAGAGAGGAAGCUUCUGCAGGUAAAACGUUUGGAUUUGGAUGCAGCCAAAACCAAGCUAAAGAAAGCCAGGAUGGCUGAUGCAAGAGCUGCAGCGGAGCAGGAGCUGCGGAUGUCUCAGAGUGAGUUUGACCGGCAGGCGGAGAUCACCCGGCUGCUGCUCGAGGGCGUCAGCAGCACCCACGCACAUCACCUCCGCUGCUUGAAUGACUUUGUGGAGGCCCAGACUACGUACUACGCACAGUGCUACCAGUACAUGGUGGAUCUCCAAAAGCAGCUGGGCAGCUUCCCCUCCACAUUCUCCAACAACAACCAAUCGUCGGUGUCGGGCGGCGCCAGCAUCUCGGUGCCCACCAUCUCCGUGUCGGCCUCGCUGCCCAGUGUGUCCGCGGGCCACGGCAGCUCGGCGGCCUCGGGCGGGUUCAACGAACUGCGCGGCUCCAACGGCAGCCGCAGAGCCCGAGUUCUGUACGACUACGACGCGGCCAGCAGCAGCGAGCUCUCCCUGCUGGCCGAUGAGGUGAUCGUGGUCAGCAGCGUCCCCGGCAUGGACUCGGACUGGCUGAUGGGCGAGCGCGGCACCCAGAAGGGCAAAGUGCCCAUCACUUAUCUGGAGCUGCUUAACUGAGACCCCCCAGCCCUCUGUAACCAGCUGUGAUCUCCUAUUUAUAUUGUGUUGCAGGGGACAGGCCUCACUUUUCCUUCCAUUUGGCCAUUUUAGAAUGAGUUGUAUUUCUAUGAAAAAGGAGUCUCGGACACAAGCUGGGUCGAAUACAUUUGAAAGGAGAGAAAGGAAACGGACCCCCGAUCCCUCAUGUGUUUUUGUAUGCGACUGUAAUAGUAAUUUCUAUAACAUGCUUCCAUUUGUGCUUGAUGCCAUUCAAUCUGCAAUAUGUGCCACAACAUCUCCCAAACUAACGUUAAAAAAAAAGCAAAAAAGAUUUGUUUACAAUAUACAUCUCAGAUGGUGACCUAAAUGCUCUUAAUGUGAGGGUUUUGUUUCUCUUCCCUCACUGCAGGUUUUUUCUAGUAGCGAUGCAGAAGGCACUUUUCAGAAAAACAAAAAUGCACUGGAGAGUGAUGCGAUAAUUAAAUCUUGUUUUAUAAUUGAUAAUCUUACGGUGAAGUGGCUCUUAUGGUUAUCCAAAGAAUUAAUCAGGGUUUUUAAACAUCCUUUCAAGUAUUGUGCGUCAGCUUUAUGCACAUGGAGCCAUACUGGACAGCGAGUGGAACCCCUCGUUUUGGUAUAUUUGACUGAAACAACUCACAUGCCAGACGCCGUCAAGUGCCUAUCGAGGUGAAUCCGCCUCUCCGAAACCGUUUGCCUGGUUUGCAGCUGCACCAUUCUCUAAGUAUCGAAUCCUCACACUUCGUUUUAAGUUAUUGACGAUUAGAAACCAGAGUUUCCACAUUUCUGUUGGAAGUUAAUUUACCUGAAGACAGCUGUUUGUCUCUGAUUAAAUUAUUGACUUGUGUAUUGUACAUAAAUACACAGUAAGUGACAUGUUGGUCAUCUUUGCCAAUAGUUCAUAUAGUGUUGACUUAAAGCCUUAAAGUAAAACUAUACUUUUUUUUUUUUUUUUACAUUACUGAGACCGGUUUUCCUUAAACAUGUGUUUCAAUUCCAGAUUGAACAAAAAAAAGCCUUCUUGCAUUGUGGGGAGAUGAAAGUAUAUUAUUCCAUGGCUGCUUUUUGUUUUUGUGUAUAACUGAUAAUAUGGCAUACAAUUGUAAAAUAAAUAUACAAUAUGAUGCGUUAUAUAAGAAUGUCACUAUGUUGAGGUGUUCGUUGAUGUGUUCUGUCCAUGCACAGUUGUCAUGUACAGCGGUUUCUUUAUUCCUGGUGGAACCACUAGAGGGCACAGCAAGUAUUGUUAGAAUCUGAAUUUUGCAGAAUCAUGUGACCUUCCGAUUGAAACGCAUUAAAACACCUUUUUGAAAGCUUGAA